GAUGGUCAAGUCGCGAUCUGCGUUACCGGCAUGCGCCAUUACUCACACGGACUGACGAAUUUAUGUUUACUUAAUUUAUGCAAUGGAGAAAUCAUGCAUUAUCUGCGAGGGUGACGGCAAAUACAAAUGCCCGACGUGUCUGGUUUUCUAUUGUUCCGUGCAAUGCUGCAAGAAGCACAGGGAGAACGGUUGCGACGUUUGGGUGAAAAACGAUGAAAAGACACUUCAACAACCCUUAAACAACCAAUCGAAACCCAGAUACACAACGGCGGAUACGGUGCCUUUGGAAAAGUUGAUGCUGUUGAAGGAUGACGAAAAUUUGAAAUGUAUACUCAGCAAUCCACAUUUGAGAGAUCUGUUAGUCACAAUAAAUAACUCGAAGGAACCAGAGAAAACUAUGCAAAUGGCCAUGCAAGAACCGUUGUUUGUGGAAUUUGCCGAUGCGUGUUUGAGGGUUGUGGAACCACCAAGGAACGAUUGAUUGAUUGUAGUUGUUAUUGCAUGUAAGGUAGAAAAAGGACUGAUUAGUUUUUUAAUUUCAAAUAAUCUUUAGUACAUAUAAAGUAUUGCAUUCAA